AUGACACGUACUAGCUAUAGUGAUGUUGACAUGACAGAUAGCGAUACUCAGCCAAUGACACAACUUAGAGGGACGGAACUUCUAAGCAACUUUGAGGGUAAACUAUUAGAUGCUGGAACUAGCGAGGGACACGAUGAGGGAAACGAAGGCAACCCUUUAGAACCAGGCAGAAGUCAUGGUGAGAGUUUGGACGAGAAUCCGAAUCCAGACGAGAAUCUGUCCAAGUUAACUAUGCCAUCAAAUCGUCACGAAAGUAUAAAACAA